AACGCACAUGCAGCGGGGUACAGCUUCGCUUGAACUUUCCAGCAGCCGGAGCUGAUGCACCAACUAAUUAUUUUACUUGACCUACACAAGCAAAACAGUAGUUGUGCGUUGCGCUGUGGAUAAGGAGGAAGACGGCAGGGUGAAGCUUCCAUGGCCGUUCAACGUCCUCUUCCGGUCUCAGAGUGAGGCCCUUCCCUAGAUUGUUUUUUCCAGUUAGCCCGGAAAGCCGUCAGCUGGCAGAAAUAUAUCUGCCGAAGGUCUUUGCUGGGGAUAGUUGACACUUCUUCAACCUUCCGAAGAAAAGUCACUGCUAGCUUUGCCUGUGCUUGUGGAGAGCAGUGUCGCUGAAGUUCGGUUACCUACUGGCCGAAAAGUGGGAGAGAGUCUAUUCUGUUCGGGCUUUCUUCUUGGCUUUGGAGGCAUUGUGGCCAAAUUUUAAUUUUCUCAACGGUAGUUUAUUGCGGUCUGAACGAAAUUUAUUUGGCAAGACUUGGCCGUCUCGACUGCACAGGGUAUCCCUGCGACACUUACUCAGCCUUGCGCUUGACCUCACGUCCUCGUGUCCACAGCUAGAUGGCGGACAGCGGGGAUGAGCAAGUGGAGGCUCUCGCCUCGCCCAGCGCGGAUGCCGAGGCUCCCGAGUCGCCGGCAGCGGACAGCGAGCCUGAGGCAGAUGCCCGUGGCAGUGGCUCGGACACAGAAGACACUGCUGCAACCGAGGAAGAAGAGAAGCAAGAUGUCGAGGAAACUGAAGAGACGAUGGACGACGUUGUGGUGACGCAGAUCAAAAGAGGCUGUGAUGAUGACGAUGAUGAUGAAGAUGAGGACGACAUGGACGACCCCAAAGUUGUGCGAACAAUGGAGCUGAGUAGGAGCUGGCAUGGUUCUCUGGAUAGACCAAGUACAGCGCCAGCCGGGUCAAGCAAAUCCGUAGAGUCACUCGGCAGACUUAUGGAAGAAGAUGGCCUCCCUGAAAAUCUGGGUGGCUCACAUGAGUUGCUGGACGUUACUUACCAGAAGUCUAAGAUCGAUGUCAAGCCAGUAGGUCGCAGGCCUGGUCAAAUUCGCCAGCGGCGAUCCAUGUCCGACAUUUAUGUGGCUGAUUUGUGGGCCAAGGGUGCUCCUUACGACAGUGAUGAUGAAGAUGACGGUGCGGCGGCUGAUGGUGGUGGUAGUGCGUCGUCAGCGAGAAGAAUGCCAGGCAUGGGUGGUCCCAUGGGCAUGAUGGGUGGUCCAAGGAUGGGCUUUGGUCUGCCACCUGGCGGCCUCGGAGGCUUCAAGGGACUCAAGCCAAGCGGUGGUUCCUCUGCGUCGCCGCGGCCUUCUGCAAACACUGCAAGCGGAGAUGCAAGCUCAGAAUUGUUGCGGAAGGUAAAAGCUCCAAGAGGUUCCAUGCCAAAUAUGAUGCUUGAAAAGGAGAAGAGCCGUGAUGAAAGCCCAGCACAAAAUGCGUUUGGAAACUUUCGUCUCAAGCAGACUGGAAGCAGACCAUCGGUUGAGGCACAGGCGUCACAGGAUUCCAGUGCAGCAACACCGUCACCCUUUGGCCAGGUCAAGCUCAAGUCGCGCAAUACGGGAACAAACACAUCGGUACCAAAGGCAGAUGAAGGGAAAUCAGCAUUUGAGGCAGCUAUGUUGAAAAGAAAAGCUAUGGAUGGCACGAGGACCGACUCCACUGCUUCCGACGCCGGGUCCAACGGCAACGUGUUUGGCGGUGUACUGAAGAAAACGAGCACGACGAGAUCACCGCGUACCUCCACAACGGGUGCACACAACAUCAGCGCCGCCGGUGCUGCUACGGCGUCUUCGGCCGUGCAUGGCUCGCCGACCAAGGCCAACCCGUUCGCCGGAGUGCUGAAGACCGACAAGGGCCACACACCAGCCAACCCUCGCGCUGACAUGGGCUCGCGCUCAACGGCUGCCAAGGCCAGUCUGUUUGGAGAGACGGCACAGAAGGGUGGUGGAGUUUCGGCUGCUCGGUCGAGAUUCUCUUCCACAUCCCAGGGCUCGCCCUUGCCAAACAUAAAGAGAGAAAGCAAAGCUGGCGAUGGUGAUUCCGGUAAUGACGGUCCCUCCAAAUCAAACCCGUUCGAGGGCGUGCUUCGGAAAGGCGUCAGCAAACCCAAACCCCAGGAAUCGAAUGAGGAACGCGAAGCACCUGGAACACUUCCGUUUGCCGUCAGCGAAAGCAAUAUCUCGCCGUUUGGACCGUGCGUACGCCAGAGAGCGGCAUCCACGGCUGAUUCCUACUUCAUCACCAGAAGAAAUUCUGAUCAGUCUCCCGUUCAGGACAAUCCACGGCAUGCUAUCACUGGGCGAUCUAUGAGUACAUCCGUCUCGGCCACGGCUUUGGCUUUGGGCAAACGACCGUCUUCUCCAUCUUGUAUGAACUCCGGCCAGAAGGACUUCAUACCCAAGUAUGGUUUGCCGUCGGAUAUCAAGCGAAUGAAUAGCAGUCCCGCUUCCUCGCCCAACCUGUCCGCAAAGGCUGCCAGAUGGAAUCAGAAAAACACAACAACGACGGCGACGAUUUCACCGAACAACAACAAUAACAGCAAUAACGCUGUCAACUUCAGUCGCGCUUCGCCGCUGCUCAAACAGGAGCCACUUGGCCUGCCCAGGACGACUGGCGUGCCCAAGUCACCGAGUAUCAGCAAGCCGACGGAUGACGUCCCGGAGUGGAAGAAGAAGUUGAAGAGCAAGGCGGCCGAGCGGCAGGCUCAGCAAGCGUCCGGCACGCCCGACGCCAAGAAGGACAACGUCCCGGAGUUCCAGCGUGUUGCCCUGCGCAAGACUGGCGGCACGGGCAAGUGAUUUCCAGUGUAGGUGCUAGUGUGAUAAUAGCAGUGUGUGUGUGUUUCUUGCAUGGAGCGGCGGCAGCGGUGGUCUGUUGGGAUAGCUCUGUGGACCCGUUGAGGACAAGAGACACCGCACUGUUGCUGUGUCGCUGUUGCAGUUGCUACCGGCAGUGUUGUCAUGUCGACCCUGAUCACCGUGUGAUGCAGUGAUUCAGAUUGUGGCCCUGUUCCUGGCAUAUGAUCUCUAGCAUGUCCGUGUGUGUGUGUGUGUGUGUGUGUGUGUGUACAUUUAACUUUGUGAUGCUGCUCGUGCCCCUGCUAGUGGCACACACCUCACCUUCAGUUCCCUUCCCAAUGUCCAAUGAAGACUGAAGCAAGGCUACAUUACAAUGGGUGAUUGGGAUUUAAGUGGCUUUACCUUGCUGGCUUCUCGGCCAUCGGCACGGUACGGGCGACCAUCACACGUGACUUUUCGGCCGCAGAAUCGCUACUUUUCUUGUUUCUUCUCCCAUCCGCUUUAUAUGAAAAUAUGCUAUUUAUAAACAGUUCUUGCGACGUACGCGUGGGGCUCGACCUGCGCUGUGUCCAGUUUGUGCGUGUGCGUGCCAGUGGCCCCAGGCAGUUCACAACAGAAUUCUCUGCUUGCAGUGUAGGUGUUGCUUCUUGGUGUCUAUCUUCGUUCCGGGUCAUAGCCGUGGGGCGACAUUGAGAAUUUCUUUUAAUUAUUGAAUGUAUACUAGAGAGAGAAUAAUAGAAAAGUGACAGCCGUAUAAUUUUUUUCUACAGCUUCCGGCUUGUCGACGUUGCUCAGUUUGCAUAUUAUAAUAUUAUGUCUAUGCUCUGGCUGGUACGCGGAUCAUGCAAACGGCUGCGGUUCGCCUGUGAUGCAGAUUGCUGGUGAGCAAUGCUGCUGUAAGCUAGUCCCUUGCCUUUUAGCCAUUUUACUAAUAUUUUACUAAUAUUUUUAUGCCCUUCCCUGGUCGACAGGGUGGCCUCUGGCUAUGCCGAGCCCCUGCAGAAUUAGAUCUAUAAACUUUUAAAUGUG